UCACUGUCAAUUAUCUAUACAUUAUAAGUAUAAUUUGUAAGAUUGUUUAUAGUGUUAUGAUCUAUAUAUAUAUUAGUAUAUUACCAAUUUUGCUAAUUUUGUGCAUAGAAUUUAUCAUACUUAGUAUUUACAAGUUACAUUAUAAUAUUUGCUUGGCGUUUSAAAAUAAAUUUACCUACAGUUCAGUUCUAUCUUCUAUGCUAAGUAUUGUUUUGUAAAGGUAGUUGAAAAAAUGUCAUCAAACGUAAAACAUAUUAUAUUAGUGAUGUCUGGAAAAGGAGGAGUUGGUAAAUCAACUGUAAGCACUCAGUUGGCACUUGGAUUAGUAGCUAAAGKAUAUCGGGUUGGCAUAUUGGAUGUAGAUUUAUGUGGUCCAUCAGUACCGUUUUUGUUAAAACUAGAAAACCAAGAGGUACAUCAAUGUGAAGCUGGUUGGGUACCAGUUUAUACAGAUGAGUCAAAAUCUUUAGGUGUGCUUUCAAUUGGAUUCUUGACCAAAUCUAGAAAUGAUAGUGUAGUGUGGAGAGGACCAAAAAAGACUGCAUUCAUAAAACAAUUGCUUUCUGAUGUUUUCUGGGAAGAUGUUGAUUAUUUGAUUAUUGAUACACCACCAGGCACAUCCGACGAACACAUWACAGUUAUGGAGAAUAUUAAAGAAGCUCCAUGUGACGGAGCAAUACUUGUGACAACUCCACAACAAAUUGCUUUGGAUGAUGUUAGAAAAGAGUUGUCAUUUUGUCRUAAAACUGGUAUCCCAAUACUAGGUAUAGUUGAGAACAUGAGUGGAUACGUUUGCCCUAAUUGUUCUGUGAGUUAA